AUGACUAGUAAGCGAUGGGAAAAGGAUAUCGCGUACGCGAUGACUCCCUUCAAACUGUUAACGUGGAUCAACGGAGUUUGGCCACUUCAAGAUUAUAAUAUCUAUUCGUUAAUACGAUUUUAUUUCUCCACAAUUUCCACGAUUAUAGUAGUGAUCUUGCCUUCUAUGGAGCUUCAAAUGGGCUGCACCGACGCGGAGAAAAACGUAGACAGCCUAAUGUUCAUCUGUUGCGGACUGCUCUCUACGGUGAAGACCAUAUGUUUUCGUAUUUACGCGAACAAUUUGAUUGACACUUACAACGCCGCUAUAGAUGAUUAUCAGACAAUCGACAAUCCGGAACAGCGUAAGAUCAUGAGGAGAUACGCUUUUAUUGGGAGGACGCUCGCCUGUUCCAUGGUGUGCUUUUCUUACUUUGCUUGCGCCGUUUACACGCUGAUUCCGUUUCUGGGUGACGAGUCGAUUAAGCAACUCAACGUAACGGACGAGAACAAUGUUGAGUUGGAAUAUACGAUACCUUCUAGAUGCGCCUUGGAAUAUUUCCACGCCCCGAGGAGCAUGUACAACAUUAUCAUUCUUACCGAAUCUUUUAUGGCGGUACUCACAUGCAUUUGUAAUCACGGUAACGAUGCUAUGUUCCUCAACAUUGCACUGCACAUGUGCGGUCAAAUAAAAAUUCUGAAGGCUAAUUUCAUCAACAUUGAUGUUGUAAGUCCGCAGGUCUAUGGUCAUUUCAAUGCGCUGAUACGCAGACACAGUUACCUGAUGAGGUUGUGUAAAAAGCUCGCCGAAACGGCCAGUUUCGUGUUGCUGAUACAAUUAUUUGUUACGAGCAUACUGUUGUGUAUAAUGGGAUUCCAAUUCAUCUUAGCUUUGAAGAAGAAUGACGCUGUUAUGUUGGCAAAAAGUUGCGUGGUGCUCACUUCCUUUCUAACGCAAAUUAGUGUUUAUAGUUUUGUUGGAGAUUACUUCAAAAGCCAAAUGGAAGAAGUCGCGCUUUUCCUUUACCAGAGCAUUUGGUACGAUCUUCCGGUAAAGCUGAUGAGGAACUUGACCUUCAUUAUCAUGCGCUGUCAAUCUCCUAUCAAACUGCAAGCGGGAAAUUUAAUCGUGCUAAAUCUCGAAACUUACAUGAGCAUUUUAAAGACCUCUAUUUCGUAUCUGUCUGUACUUCGCGUAAUGGUGGAUACGUAGAAUACAAUUGCAACGAGAGAAUAAAAUCUGCGAAAUAAAAUUAUGUUAAGGUACAAUACAGAGUCACGACUAAC